ACAGACCGCCCUGUCAUUAAAGUUAAUGCUAUGGUUGGAGAAGCAGCAGCUCUUCCCUGCAUGUGUCCUCCUGACUGGCCUCCGUAUCUGGUCUGGCAGAAGUCCAUCGGUGAUCAGGCACUCGUGGUUAAUUACUACAAAGAUGACGACCAAGAAGACAACCAAAUGGCACUCGAGUACAGGAACAGAACAGAGCUGAGGCUGACAGGAAACUGUUCUCUUGUGAUUCAUAGUGUGUGUCCAUCAGACCAGGGACUGUACAUCUGUUACUAUAAGAAAAAACCUUUAAGGCAUGAAAAAAUCUAUCUGGAGGUCACAGCACAACAAGUACAAGGAAAAGAGUCAGAAGAACCUCAGAGCGUCCAGAGCAACAUUGUGAUUUCUUCAGUCUGCGGGUUUCUCGUCAUUUUGAUCACAAUUGCUGCAGCAUAUGUGGGAAUUACUUGCAGAAACAGACAUCAGAUCAGAA